AUGGACGAGAACGGGCACACAAUCCUGCCUCCUGGCACAGUCCCACUGGUCGAGUUUGAAGUUGCGACUGACGACACACGCCUCAUCUUGUCGCCCGCGCCUUCCAAUGACCCGAACGAGCCACUGAACUGGGCGCCAUGGAGAAAGUAUUUCAACUUCCUCCUCAUCAUGGCGAUGACAAUUGCCGCUUUCACCAGUUUGCAGAUUCAGACUGUCUUCUGGCAGCAAAUGUCGGUAGAUCUGAACCUGAGGACUUCGCAACUCAACAAUGCUCAAUCUGGUAACCUUGCUGGUCUGGCUGUCGGCUGCAUCUUUUUCAUUCCUUUCACCGUCAAGUACGGCCGUCGCCUGGUCUAUAUUCUCUCCAUCUGUGUACUGGCCGCCGCGACUUGGUGGACAGCUCGCAUUCAGUCCUUUGCCGAACUCAUGUGCACCAGCGUGAUCUGCGGCUUGGCUGGCGCCAUCAAUGAGACUGCUGUCCAGAUGACCAUUGCCGACAUGUUCUUCGUCCACCAACGUGCCACAGCCAACGCUUGCUACUUCGCCUCGGUCAUGAUCGGAAGCUUCCUCGCCCCCAUCGCUGGCGGUGCACAGGCUGCAACCCAGGGCUGGCGCUGGUCGUACUACGCUCUUGCCAUUGCUUUGACCUGCGUGUCAUUCAUCUUUAUCUUCUGCUACGAGGAGACCAAAUACGUCCCCAUCUCCAAUGGCCAGAGAGAAGGUGGCCCCAUUCAGACUUCUAUGGAUGGCGAGGCUCCCGAGAAGGAGAAGCUCCCCGAGGGUGCUGAUCUCACCAUCGUUGCCUCGACUGCCAUGGCGGAGCCGGCACCUCCUCUCAACACUUACCGUCAACGCAUGCGCCUCAUCACCAAGACAGACGAGUCGCUCUGGAAGCUCUUCGUCAUGCCCCUCUCCGUCAUCACGCUGCCUCAUGUGCUGUUCACGGCAUUGCAGUUUGCCUCGGCCAUCGCCUGGCUCGUCCUCUUCAUGCCCGCCGUCUCCGUCAUCUUCUCUGCGCCUCCCUACAGCUUCACCACCGCGGGUGUCGGCUACAUGACUCUUGGUCCGUUCGUCGGCAACGCCUUGGGCAGCUUGUACGGCGGCCCCUUGUCUGACUGGUCGGCCAAGUGGUUCGCCAAGCGCAACGGUGGUCUUUACGAGCCAGAGAUGCGAUUGUAUAUCCUACCGCUUCCCAUCGCCUGCAUGGCGAGUGGCUUGAUCAUGUUUGGUGUCACCGCGGACAAGGGAAUGCACUGGAUUCUGCCCAGCGUUGGCGGUGCCCUCUUUGCCUUUGGUAUGGGCGCCAUGGGUGAUAUCACUUUCACCUUUACCGUUGAUACCUAUCGUGAGCUCAUCGCCGAAGCUUUCGUAGGAGUGGCCUUCUUCCGCAACGCGUUCAGUGUCGCCAUCCCCUUCUCCCUCGUCCCCUGGAUGACCACCAUGGGAGUGAGCAACAUGUUCAUUAUCAUCGGCUGCCUUUCUCUCGCCAUCGGGCUCCUGUUCAUCCCUAUGAUCAUCUGGGGUAAACGGAUCCGAACGGCUCUGACACCUCGAUACUAUCACCUUGUGGACAAGCACGCACACGUCUCCUGA